UUCGAAAGCAAACUAACAGCCAACCAAAUCCACCAAAAACCACCAAACCAUUCGCAUUGUAACGGUCGAAUACCAAAAACGAAUCGGAAAAACAUUCAAAAUCAGUUUUCAAACUUUUGCUUUGUCGGUGCGUCGCAUACAGCCAGCAUACAUUUUGUUUGUCAAUUAACUGAGCCAAUAGCAUACUUUUGUGCGCUGCCGUCUGAUUGUGAGUCAAUUUCAAGCGGGCUUAACUAUUUUGAUUUUAAUUAAAAAAGUUUUUAAACACUUUUUGCGCAAGUUUUGACCAAUUUCUGAUUGUGCGGAAAGAAUUUCAGAUAAGUAAGAAUUUCGCAUCGGAAACAGCAAAAAACAUUAUACGACGCGUCGCAUUGAAACUCAAUUUAAUUAUUGAAAAUCCAAUUUCGUUUUUUCGCCCUAUUAGAGUACAAAAUUCAGUCUCUCAAAAAGGAUCAUAAUGUUCCACUUCAAGAUACAGCAACUUUAUGUGGGAUACGCAUUAGCAUUUUUCAGCUUGACCCUAAUGAUGCUUCAGCCAUCUUCCGCUGAACUAAAAACAAAUGCAGCUCCUAUAAGCAAUCUGUACGACAACUUGCUGCAGCGUGAGUAUGCCGGUCCGGUGGUCUUUCCCAAUCACCAGGUGGAACGAAAGGCUCAGCGUUCGCCAUCGUUGCGUCUUAGGUUUGGUCGCAGUGAUCCCGAUAUGCUGAAUAAUAUUGUGGAAAAACGUUGGUUCGGCGAUGUUAACCAAAAGCCGAUUAGGUCUCCUUCAUUGCGUCUGCGAUUCGGACGGCGAAGCGAUCCGAACUUGCCGCAAAUGCGGCGCACCGCCUAUGAUGAUCUUUUGGAACGGGAAUUGACAUUGAACAGCCAACAGCAACAACCGGCGGCAUUCGACGAUGCGGUCGACUAUGAUAGUCUCUAUGAAAGAGUUGUGCGCAAACCCCAGCGCUUACGAUGGGGACGCAGUGUACCCCAAUAUGAGGCACCCCAGCUGGAUAACGAGCAGUUGGAACGCAAUGAACUAUACAAUUCCCUUUUAAGUUCUGAAAAGAUGCGUCGAAUGUUGAUGGCCCUGCAGCAAUACGAAUCAGCUCCCGCUGACCUCAGUGAUACCGAAGAAGUCGAAGAUGAUCAAGACACUUCCGAAUUUCAACGCGAAGCUCGAAAGCCAAUGCGAUUGCGCUGGGGCCGCAGCACUGGCAAGGCUCCAACCGAUCAGGGAAAGCACACAGCAAUGGGAGCUAGCGAUGAGAAUUCACCGACCGCCUCUGCUGCCAAAAUCCACAACUAAGCUGAAUGCAUCUUCUGGUUACCAUGGCAAGGAUUUCGAGAUCUGAUUAAUUGCAAGCAAAUGUAAAAAUUGAAAUGCCAAAAUAAGAUUUUAAAAUUGAAUGACGGAAAGAAACCCUAGUAGAAUGUAGGCAGGCAGACAGCGGUUAAGAGCUUGGGCUAACAUAUAUAUAUAAAUAUAUA